AUGUCUGGCGAUAAAAUGGAAGUUGAGCUCGCUGAGCAGAAGCUCAAGACUAUGGAGCACAGCGAGCAGCACUACUUCAAGAGAAAAGCCUUGCGUGGAGACUUUGAAGGCAACUAUUACAGCUUUGAAGACGGCGACGCUGACUUAUGCUUGCGUCCAGUUACGAUCAUCAUGGUACGAAUACACGAGAGAAGAAAAAAUGAACCCUCAUGGAAGAAUCUAUUAUCUAACUUUGACUGUUAUUUGCAAUGUGCAGGCAUCCACGAGGAAAUGCUGAAAGAUGAGGUGCGCACGAGGUCGUACAUGAACGCCAUUGUCCAGAACAAGCACAUUUUCAAGGACAAGGUUGUUCUUGAUGUUGGAUGUGGUACCGCCAUCCUUUCCAUGUUUGCCGCCAAGGCCGGCGCCAAGCAUGUCAUCGGUGUGGACAUGUCCACCAUCAUCUUCAAGGCCCGAGAGAUCGUCAAGACCAACGGCCUGUCAGACAAGAUCACCCUGAUCCAGGGCAAGAUGGAGGAGAUCGAGCUCCCCUUCCCCCAGGUCGACAUCAUCAUCUCCGAGUGGAUGGGCUACUUCCUCCUCUACGAAAGCAUGCUGGACACCGUCCUGUACGCCCGUGACAAGUACCUGGUCAAGGACGGUCUCAUCUUCCCCGACAAGGCCACCAUCUUCUUCGCUGGUAUUGAGGAUGGCGACUACAAGGAGGAGAAGAUUGGAUUCUGGGAUAACGUGUACGGCUUUGACUACACUCCCCUGAAGGACACCGCUCUCUCAGAACCCUUGGUCGAUACUGUCGAUCUCAAGGCUGUCGUUACCGACCCCGUCCCCGUUCUAACCCUCGAUCUCUACACCUGCACCACCGCCGACCUCGCCUUCAACACAAGCUUCACCCUGACCGCCAAGCGAGACGACUUCGUCCACGCUCUCGUUUCUUGGUUCGACAUCGACUUCACCGCCUGCCACAAGCCCAUCCGCUUCUCUACCGGCCCUCACACCAAGUACACUCACUGGAAACAGACCGUUUUCUACAUCAAGGAUGUCCUGACCACACAAGACGGAGAGGAGAUCCACUGCAAACUUGACGUCAAGCCCAACAACAAGAACCGCCGUGACUUGGACAUUGAGAUUGAUUACAACUUCCAGACUACCGAUGCAAACAGAGUUGCUUCCGGCCGCAGCGAGUACAAGAUGUGCUAA